ACUCAUAGCUCCCUCUAACGCCAUGUUGGCUGUUAUGACUUGAUGUGUUUUCAUCUGCCUUACUACGGACUUGACAGGAGUGGCUCUCUUAAACCGCCCCUGCGCCUUUGGAGACGCAUUAUUCCAUCUUUUUCGUGUUUGCGCGUAACGCGUUUUGGAUGAUACGCGCGGAGUAUGCAUGCACCAUCCCUGUUACUUCGCAUUUGAGAGGAUUACUACUUGGAAAUAGCAGUUCGAAACGGUGUUGUUUUUUUUUUUUCCUUUUGCCCCUUGUGUUGUUGCGUUUCUUGUCAUAUGUGCAACAAAAUGUCAGAUGUUCGCCUUUCUAAUGCGAGCCCGACAUUGGAGAGGGUGGAUGCGCGGCAGCCGGAUAACGUCAGACCUCCGGUGCGCAGAAAUCUUUUUGGAAGACCUGACCGAGAGGAGAUACGGAGGUACGUGACGGCCGCGGUGCAGGAAGAUGUGCAGGCUUUCGCGGAGAGGUAUAACUUCGACCCGGUCGCCGAGAGACCGCUCGCUCCGCGCAACUACGACUGGCAGCAGGACAGCAACGCACCGGAAUUUUAUCUCCGACCGCCUCACACGAGCCACCGGCCCCAGCGAGAGGUAGACUCGCCCAACGGGGACGAGCGACGGGAUGGCGAGGAGGAGACGAGUGGAAGGCGGACACAUCGCCAGCGAAACGGGGGCGACUCGCGGAAAAGACGCUCAGAAGAUUCAGGUUCUUGCUCCGACGAGAGCCAGACUAAAAGGUCGCAUUCCGACGAAGAUGAUGAUGAAGACCAGUCGGACGGUGCAGGAACUCAGGCCGUGCAGAUCAGAACCAACAGGCCAGAAAACUGCGCGGAGGUCCAGUGAAAAAAACAACAACAGUGCCAGAGCGAAGAGAGACCUGUUGCUGUUGGAAUACUGUAGCCUUUCUCAUCAUCUGACAAGAGUAGAGAGAAAAAAAUAUAUAUUAAAGGAGAAAAAAUAUAAAAAAAAUAAAAAAAGCAGCCUUAUCCUACAGAAGGGAGGAGGACAAGGCUGCACAAGCACUGAAUAUGUACACUAUCAAGUUUUGGCACUCAUAUUAAGUAAAUUGCCUCAGAAGCAGCAGACAAUGUAGCAGUGUGCAAAUGGAUUUUUGCUCAAAUUUUCUUUUCUUUUUUUUUUUUGUAUCUACUACCUAUGUUUAAGAUGUAGCACAUAAGAAAGCAUAUUAUGCUUUUCAUACCUUUUUUUUGUUGUUUAAAUAAGUGUGUAAAUUUGACUCGGGAAGUUGCAGUGCAAUUUUCCAGCAGAGAGAUAUUAUUUUGUUAUAGUGGUCAUUUGUAUCAUUAUUCAGGUAAUUGACGUAAGUUAAAAAGAAAAAAAAAAAAUGAAAAAAAAAUGCAGAUUUCAAAAAGUCAGGGUAACCUGGAGGCAGAAUGUCUCCACUUUUUCUGUGGCUUUAUUUUCCCAGUGUUAUAUAUCUUGUUUUUAUUUUUUCUGAAGGCCCAGAUGGCCACACUGUAAGUUGAGGGUCCAUCUAACUGGGAAUAGCCAUGAUAGGUAAAGUUUACAUGCAAAUAAUGUCUCCCUAUGUCCCAUUUUUAUGUCUUUCUUUUAUUUUAAGGGGGUUUGCCAAAGUUUGUGCCUUUUUUUUGUUUGUUUGUUUGUUUCAGGGGGUUAGGGGAGGGGAGGGGUGGGAGGGUGGCUAAACUGCUGAGCAAUAUCCAACCAAAUUUUUAUUUUAUUUUUUUUUACAGUAUUCGCUAAUAAUCCUAAGAGUUUAGCUUUUAUUUUGAAAUUAGGCAACUUAUUAUUUUAGUGACUCUCGUGGUCACACAUCCCAUCCCCCCUUUGUAAUAAGUGUGGUCCAGGUUAACAUAGAUAACAUAUGUUACAAUCACUGGGCUGGUUUUUUUUUUCUAUUAUUAUUAUUAUUAUGCAAAUAUGUGAAUCAAAGAUUUGUCUUUGUGGUGUGGAAUUCAUGUCGAACAUGUAAUUGCACUAUUGUUCAUUUCUCAUUAUUUUAGUGAGGGCAGAAAAAAAAAAACAACAACAAAGUGACACCGCCUCACUUGGUGUCAGACUUUGAAGUGUACCUGUGUGCCUCUUUUUUUUUUUUUCUUUUUUCUUUUGAAAAACACUGAAAAAUUAUACUAACUUAUUUAUGUUGAGUUUUUUUUUUCUUUUUUUUGUUUUGUGGGUGUAUGUACAGCUUCCCAAAGCGAACAUUUUUGUGCAUUUUUGUAAAUAUAUAUUUUCAUUAUUGUUUUUAAGAUAAAUAAAUAAAAUUGCAAAACUGAGCCUAAUAAUCGAUUUUA